CUCAGUCUUGACUUUGCGAGCAACCUGUUAGCAGGUGUUACCUGGUCUUAACAUGUGUUAGCAGUUAACGGGUGUUAGCAAGUGUUAGUAGAUGUUCCCAGGUGUUAGCAGAUAUUAGCAGGUCUGAGCUGGUAGCAGUGUUAGCUCUUAGCAGGUAUUAGCUGGUGUUAACAGGUCUUAGCAGUUAACAGAUGUUAGCAGGUGUUGGCCGUUAGCAGUGUUAGCUGUUAGCAGGUAUUAGCAGGUGUGUGUUUUAAUCUGCUGUCAGCACCGACACUGAUUCAGGGUCAGACUCAGGGUCACCUUACUUGCCCCAGGUUCACCAGGUGAGCUCUUCAUGGACCAAUCAGAGUGCAGAGGGCGUGGCCACCUGAGCGUGCUCAGCUGUUUUCCGCCUUCUGUGGCCAGAGAUGUUGUUGUUGCUGUGGUGACACCCCUGGGAACCAGCCUGGCAAACCCCGAGACCCCCAGCCUCCUCAGCACGGACAGACAGGUGAAGUGGACCAUGGAGGUCCUGAGUUAUGGUCUCACACUCCCAUUGGACAAGGACACAGUCAAACUCUGUGUGGACAUCUACUCUGAUUGGCUGAUGGCCCUGGUGUCCCCGAAAGACUCGAUCCCUCCACCAAUCAGCAGAGACCCCAACCUGUACGCCCAGAAGAUCCUGCGGCACCUGUACAGCAUCUUCCUGUCCAGGUGUGACCAGAUGAGUCCAGUCUACCGCCAGGUUUUGUGUGCCAUCCAGUCCUUGGCCAGAGAGAGUUCCUUGAUGACCAGAGACACCUGGGAGGCUCUGCUCCACUUCCUGCUCCGCAUCAACCACAACAUCCUGGCUCCACCCACUGCUGCAGGGGGGGGGGCAGAUCUGUCCAUGGAGGUCCUUCUGGAGGUGUGGAUGCUGUCCUGCUCUCGAUGUUUUCCGUCUCGCUCCUUGUGGAGGACGUGCAGACAGAUGUUGAGUCGAUGGAGACACCAGCCGGCCGUAGUGGAUCAGUGGAUUCGAGCCGUCGCACCUUUAACCUCCAGGUUGCUGUUGCUGACCUUUGGCCCGUCCUUCCCUCCCUUCAAAGUCCCGGAUGAUGUUAGGAUCCCUGCAGACCUGGAUGACGAGCGGGUCCCUGAGACCUGGUUCAGAUUCCUGCAUCUUUUCAGCAACCCGGUGGAUGUUACGUUGCCAGACGUCUUCUUCAGAGCCAUGAGAGGAGUCGGAACGCUGGUGGACGCCUUCCUCGGUGUCAACAAACAGUUGAGAGAACAGCAGCUUCCAAACACUGCUCAAACAUCAAGGAUGGAGUUCAGAGACCAGGUGCCUUCUCUCGGGGUUGCUGUGACCAGAAGUCCAUUUAGGGACCGCCCUCCCUGCUAUGGUGUCUCCCGGCCUCGUUCUGGCAGCGCCCCCCCAACCCCAGUCAACAUCUCCUCCCCCGCUCCCACCCCAGCACACAACAGACAACCCAAAGCUGUUUCCAAGGCAACCAGCAAAGUGUCUGUGACGUCCUGGUCCCCCCAGACGUCCUGGUCCUCCCAGGUCCAUCACUGGACGUCUUCCUCCCUGCGCCCCCCGUCCCCCUCCCCUCUCAGGUCUAAUGUGGAUUCUCUCCUACACCUGUUCGGCUGCUGGUUGUUUGAUGCUGCUCAGCUCAGAGACUCUGUUGGACAGAAAGACGUCUCUGUAUCAGAGUCAUGGGCGUCAGGACGAGCUGAAGCCUGUGGGACGCUCUGCAGGAUCUUCACGUCUAAGAAGACUGCAGAGGACAUACUGUCCAUCUACCUGUCCAGGUUCUAUCUCGUCCUCCUGCAGAACGUCCAGGUGUCGAAGGAGACAUGUCCUCCAGUUCUAGCCUCCAUUCUGUUGACCUCCACCUCUCUGUUCUGCUGUGACCUACGAGGAGUCAAUCUGCUGCUCCCCCCCUUCGUCCCAGCUCUGGAGACUGUGCUGCUGGACAGAGAGCUGCUGAGAUUUAAGGGUUUUGUGAAUCCAGUGGAUUUAAGGCGGGCCUCCAUACUCAUCCUGAUGUCCCUGUUGCCCCUCCCUCUACAGUUUGGAUCGGUCCACUCACAGGUGUCAUUGGAUGGGAAGUUAAGUGAUGUCACAGCUGGUAACUUCCUGUCACUGAUGCCCCGCCUCACCCACAUUCUGAUUGGAGCUCUACAGACGGAGACGGACUCGUCCAACACACAGCUCAUCCUAGCGGCCAUGUUGAAUCUGGUUCAGGACUCUGCUCUGUUGGAGGCGUCAAGACAAACUCAGUGUGGUGGGACCAGUAGACCGAGAACCACCGCUGGGUCGAGUGGUGCCAGAGGAACCAGGGGAACCGGUGCAAACAGAUGGACCAAAAUUGCCCAAUUAGAAUCGGUGGUGGGUCUGUGGGUUCAGGUCGAGCGUUUGCUGACUCGGGGUCUGACGUCUCAGUGGAGGAACGACUCAGCAGUUUGUUUGUCUGCACUGGAAGUUCUGGGAGGACUGGCCAAGGUGGAGGUGUUGGUGGAGGAUUCCGAGAGGAGGAGCGUUGUCAGUUCAGUCUGUACCUACAUCAUGUUUCAGUGCAGUCGUCCUCCUCCUCUUCACUCCAGAGAUCUGCACUCCAUUAUUGUUGCUGCUUUCUACUGCUUGAAUGUGUGGUUGACUCAGCACCCAGCCCUGCUUGACCACCAGGAGUGUUUGUUAGAGGUGCUGGAGAUUGUGGAGUUGGGGAUUUCGGGCAGUAAGUCGAGGCAGGAAGCAGAGGUAAAGUGUAAAGAGGACAAAGAACUGAAUCCCGCCUCUCUUAGGGUGAAGGAAGCUGCCGAGGCCACACUGAGCUGCAUCAUGCAGGGACAAAGGACCUUCCCGUCUGUGAAUGAGGAUGUUCUGAUUGGCUGCUCCAGUCUGAGUGAUAAAAGUCUAAAGACGUUCAAGUAUUUUGUAAUAGAAAGCUCCGUGAUCCUGGCAAUGCUGGAACAAGCACCAAGACCUGAGCAGGCUCAGAGUCCAUCACUCACACUGAUGAUAAGAGGACUCUCAGGAUGUCACACCUGGACUCUGCAACUUCACCUGCAGCCUCGAGAACAACGAACUCAGCAAACUCUGGUCCCAGCGCAGCAUUGUGUUGCUCAGAGGGAUCCUGGGAAACAAUGUGGCGUCAGACAUGAACUGUGUCCUGAAAACACUGUUCCUUCAGUUGAAGCAGAUCAGAGUAUUCCAUAUCUGCAAGACAGUGUUCCAGAGGAGGUGCAGUAUCUGCUAACAGCCUUUAGGAGGCAGCAAGAGAUCGAGGCUCAGCCACAGGUGAAAGGUCGAUCCGUCAUCAUGACAACCUGCAGGCCUCCAUCUCCUGUGUCCAUCUUCCAAAUGACGAGACUCUUCCUGUCCCACUUGGGUCUGCUGACACCUGAGACGGUGAAGGAUCCAGGGGUCAGCGGUGUCCCCCCUCAGCUUGUGUCUCUGGACUCGUCUCUUCCAGGUUUCUUUGAGAAUCUGAGACAUUUGGACCGACUGUCGUCCAGAAGCUGUCUCUCUGCCUACAUCUUUUACAUGAAAGCAGGACAGGGGACAGCUGCUGAGAUCCUAAGUAAUGUGGAGUCCCACUCUAGUGUCCAUCCUCACUUCCUGGACUUCCUCUCGUCUCUCGGUUGGCCGGUGAAGGUGGGUGGAGUCAACGUCGCCAGCUCAGAAUUCCUUGCUGUGCUGGGUGACAGUGGAGGGGGCAUCUUUGAUGGAGAGAGGUUCGUCCUGAUGUUUGCCGACGCUCUGUCUGAGAUCAGCUUCAUCGUCCCAUCAUCAUCACAUGUUUUGAAGACGACAAAGAGGACAACAUCCAAUAUGGCUGAUGCUGAACACAUCACUGACUCUGCCCACAGGCCCAACACUUGUCCAUCUGGCCCUGAAUUGAAACAGCUGAUCGUCUGGGUGGAACGCUUUGAGGACGUUGAGACUUUUCCUCUGUCCGAUCUUCUGUCUCAGAUGAGGACACAAAGAGAGAUGCGUGCCUCAAACAUCCAAGUAGUUUUCGUCCAUCCUCUGAGAACUGGACUCUACCGGAUCUGUUUCCAUGGAGCCAGUAGCCGGUUCGGUUUCGUGGUUCCAUUGGUUCAUGGGAGUGUCGUCAGCAGGAGGACUCUGGGGUUCCUGGUAAGAGAAACACUGAUCAACUGUUGCCAGCGGCGAUGGCUGGACAUUGACUCCGCCCCUCCUCCUCACACAAGGAAACAGCUGAUCAGUGACAUCAUCCUUCGUUACAGCCGCCGCUGCCCUGAACCUGCCUUCUAUUCCUCCUUGUUCCAUGACCCCUAACCUCUGACCUGUAACAUCUGACAUCUGACCUCUGACCUCUGACCCAACCUGUCUUUAAUCAGCCAAUCACAAGCUGCCCCCAUUCAGCUUUAAUAAAGAUCUGAGAUCUGACUU